CCUUCGGUCAAGAUGUUAAGGAACGAGGUUUUCGCGUGUUUUGUUUUCUACAGCACGCUGCUGAUCUUGAAGAUGUACACACUGGCAGUUAUUACUGGACAAGUACGACUUCGGAAAAAGGCUUUUGCAAAUCCAGAGGACGCUCUCAGGCAUGGGGGAGUGGAGUAUUACCGGGAAGAUCCAUACGUGGACCGGUGUAUGAGAGCGCACCGAAAUGACAUGGAAAACAUCUACCCUUUCCUCUUCCUGGGCGCUAUCUACUCCAUGAUUGGUCCCUCCCUGUCAGUGGCCAGAGGUCAUUUCCUGGUCUUCUUCCUGGCUCGAAUCAUGCACACCAUCGCGUACCUGUUUGCUCUACGAGCACCAAUGCGAUCGCUGUCCUACACCAUCGCCCAGUUGCCUUGUGUCUCCAUGGCAAUUCAGAUCAUCAUUGCCGUGGCUGCAUACGCAUGACAUCUCAGAUCUCUGUAGCGGGAUCCCACCUAGUUCCUACUGUUGUCUUUGGACAAACCUUCAGAGGAGAUCUGCUGCAUGAUAGACUGAAGUUCUCCCCAGUGACUUGACCCAUUGCCACACUACAAAGCAGCAGAUCUUCUCACCAUUAUUAAGGCCCCAUCACAUUGCACAUGGAAUGUGCUAUGAAACCCAUUAGGCCUACUUUCAAUGGUUUGAGCACACAAGAACUGGUCUGCCGCUGCGCUCAGUGUAGCGCAGCGCAGCGGCAUUUUGCCGCUUUGCCGCUCUUGCGUGAAAGUUAAAAUAUGUUGAACUUUGACCGCGGCGCGCUGUAAGUCAAUGGUCUUUUGUGCGGAGCCCAGCGGUAACCACGACAAAAAUUGUUAGAACGUUACCUCAAACAAGCGCAUGCCGUGCGCAAUGUGAUGGGACCUUUAGACGACACAUUAGGCUAAAUAGAAGCUAGUAGAUCGUAGCGAGUAGAUAGUAUACUAGAUGUUAGCCUCAUCAGCACUGGGACAUCCACUGCUGUUUGAUUUUUGUACUUGCAAUAGGUCAUUUGAAGAGACUAUCAGAAUGUAAUGGUGUAUGUUUUUUUUGGAUGUAGCUUUUAUAUGAUGACGUGAAGGUCAUUUUUUUUAUCUCAAGUUACAUAAACAGUAUUUAUGUUACCACACACAUUAGCCAGGGGGCUGGAGGUUCAUGUUCUUGAGGGUGCCAGCAUGACCAUGUGUUUCCUGUCAACCUGUUUACAAUGCACUUAGGCCUACCACCACCUUAUGGAAACUCUCCUAGCCCAUAAAUGGCCAGUUACCCAUACUGGAGAUGUUGACACAGCCCUAACCCCCUGCUAUUGUGCAUCGGGGCUGCUUGGUUUGGCUUGUCUGCCCUUUGAGAGUCAGUGGAGCAUUCAGCCUGAAUUCCCCAAACACACACACACACACACACACACACACAGACGUACAAACAGACUACAAACGGCUGGCAGACCUAAAUUAUGGGACUGAAUCAUUGGAGUCACACGGACACUCAAUGCUUAAUGCUAAGCGUGACAAUACUGUAUGGCCAUGUAAGGUUUUGGAAGAGCCAUUUGUAUUGUGUCAAGAAGAAUCAAUGCUGUGGUAUCUGAAUGGAAUCUUAAACUCUGCCCAGGUUGGUGUAAAUAUGUUAAGGUCUGUGGUUCAGUAUGAAGAAUGAAGCUUUUAAAAUCUCAUUCCCAUUUCUCUUUUGUGGCUUAGAUUGUGGAAGAUUUAGGAAAUGAACAGACUCAACUAAUUUUGUAUUUAACUGAUAUAUUUAUAUGGUUUAUAUGGUCAAACAUUUGUGCAAAUGACUCCAAUAACUAAAUAAAUUAUUUGGUUUUUUUUAAAAAAAAAAACCUGUGAUUACCUUGUUUUGCUGAAUGUAAAGAAAUAACACAGUUCCUGUUACAAAGUUAUUUAAAUAAAAAACA